AUGAUGAAUGGAUCUGGUAAGUGAAUGAGAUGUGAGAUGGAUGGUAUAUGUGUGAGUGAUGUAAUCAGAACUCUCGUAUCCGGAGAAGCAAGUCUGAAUGAUGUUGAGAUGUUUUGCUUUUAGCUAUGAUCAGAGUUUGAUCGGAGUUUCAUAAACAGAUGAGACGCCUUAUUGUCCUCCGUACAGAUCCAGAAUGCCAGGUCCUCGAACCCCCCUUUCGGUACCGGAGCCGGUGAAACAGCGUCAGCAAUACGACAGACUAGUCUUUGGAUUGUCUCCAGGUAAAAAGUGACAGAUGGUUCACAGCGUCAAAAGGGACCCCCUUGGGUCAGUGAGUUCAGCUUUUAUUCCGAAAGGAACAGUUGGUUGGUUGGUAAAAUGCAACAGAUUUUAUCCAGCUUGUUGGUUCUUUGCUUGAAAAGGAUGUCCGGAUGGCCGCUCCGAUACUUCUCUUAGCAUGCAGUGAACUGUAGAGAACUGUAGAGAACUGAACUAAGAUGGCAUGGGAAUGUCACGGUCUGAGGUGUAUUCCUGCUGUCACUCCCUGUCUUUUGAGUUCUCCCUCUGCAGGUGGGCGUGUCUGGAGGUUGACCAAGCUGCAGCAGAUCUGCUCAUCAGCUGGCCAGGGGUAUUUAAGCAGCUGAGAGACUCCUACACUUCGCUGGAUGAUUACUCUACCUGGAUCAAACCUCCACCUUCAUCCCCGACUGGCUAUUCUCUGGAACUCCAACCUGCUUGUCUCUCAGCUUCUCCCUGGCCAGAACCACCUCCAGCUGCCCACCUAAGCUCCCUGGAUCUCAGCAAACUCAGCUCCCUCCACGUCUCCCCUUCUGGAUCUCAGUCUCAGGAAUCCCCUCUCAGCCCAGACCGGACCACUCCUCCCUCGAGCUACUUUCCCCCCUCUCCAGACCUUAAGUCCUCCACACAAUUCAGAUUCCUUGUUUUCCCCCUCGAGUUGGAUCUAACUCCCAUCUGUCCACAGAUUUCCCGCACCGUCUCCCUUUAUGAAAGAACUCAGCUACGUUCAAGCUGCUUCCUUGGUUUCCCUUUUAAUAAAUUCUUAUUUAAACACUUUCCUCGUCUCAAGCUGAUUCCGUAUGUCGUGGGUUAGACAUCUACACCACAACAUGACAGAAUCAUCCAGCCAUUCCUCUAACCUCAGUACAGAAUCAGUUCCCUCCGUCGUUUCCGCCACCCUAGCUCUGGACAGUAAUUCGCUCCAUUCUUUGUCAGAUAAACCACGCUUUAAGAGAAGCCUUACAGCCCCACCCUCAGCUCCACCUCU